GCAAUUCAAGGAAGGGAGGAGGAGAGGAGCUUAAGAAGGGUUGGUGGUGGUGUAGGAAGUGGUGGAGGUGGUGGGAAUUUGGAGUUAAUUGGGCCUCCUCUGAGUCCCCUCUCUCGUUCUCUGAGACGAGGGGAAAGGUGGCGUCAGACAUCACCGACAUAUAUAUACUACUACUACUGCUACUACAACGACACCUCCCGCCCUCCUUCCCUCUUUGUAAUUCUUACAAGAUUACAUGUUUAUCACAACCACCACCGGCAAGGCGGAAACACAUAUUGUAAUCGAACAUUGAUUCGCUUCCCGCAGCUGCCAACUUCAACAUUUACUACGGUCGCUGCUGCUGCUAAGGAUUUGCUACCUCCUACAUCUUCCUCGGCGGUAGGAGAAUAUAAAAAAGGUCGCACCUUUCUGAGGCAUUUGAGCUCGGAAAGAGAGAGAGAGAGAGGGAGGGAUUUCCAAGGUGUAUCUUUAAGAGGGACGAAGGGGAUCGAAACAUGGAGGGGUGGCUGCAGCUCGUCCGGUGCAAUCGUCUGGGACUGCAUUACACCCGGAAAAGAUACUUCGUCCUCGAAGGUAACGCCCUCAAUUGCUACAAAGGCGUGCCGGCGUCCGACAGAGAGGUUCCUCUAAGAAGUGUAUUGAUUUGUUCCAGCACGCGUAUCACAGACAAUGGUCGAGAGAGCAUACAGAGAAAUGUCUUAUAUAUAUUUACCAUCUGUAGCACUUCCAAUCCCAGCAAUCAAUUAAAGUUGGGCGCAAGGAGCUCUGACGAAGCAGCUAGGUGGAUCAGAAACAUAAUUGAAGCUGCAUUUAUGAACCCAAACAAAGAAGAAAACAAUGUGGCUUGUACAAAGAGAAGACGACAAUCCUUUAGGUUGAACCACAGGAAUGUGAGGAGUCGCAUGCACUCCAUAGAUUGGACAGUUCACUCAUGUAUCCAUGCUGAUCCACUGAUAUUUGAUGCCAUCUCUCCUUCCACGUGGAUGAUAAUUGGCUGUAAAAAUGGCUUACGGCUGUUUAAAGAAGAAAAAGAUGUUGGUUCUCCUACCAAGCAUAGGGAUGAUCAUCCAGGUAUGAUGGCAGUCGGUGUCAUUGAUGCAUCUUCUGAGGCCAUUUUCCAGACAGUGAUGUCUCUUGGACAGUCAAGAUCAGAAUGGGAUUUUUGCCUGUUGGAGGGUAAUGUGGUUGAGAGCUUGGAUGAACACACUGAUAUUAUCCACAAGAAGCUGCGUGGUGAUUGGCUACCAUGGGGAAUGAAAAGAAGGGAUUUAAUAUUAAAGCGUUCCUGGAGGAAGGAAGAUGAUGGAACAUAUGUUAUCCUAUAUCACUCAGUGAUCCACUAUAAAUGCCAACCUGAAAGAGGCUAUGUCCGUGCUUGUCUUAAAAGUGGAGGCUACGAAAUAUCUCCCGUGAACCAAGGAAAACAAUCAGUUGUGAAGCAUAUGCUUGCAAUUGAUUGGAAAUUUUGGAAAUCAAAUAUGUUUACCUCAUAUGCAAGUAUUACAAUGAAGAUGCUAGGAAGGGUUGCAGCUCUUCGAGAAUUCUUCCGUGCAAAACUUGGUAACUGUGCAUUCUCAGAUUUCACAUUAGAUGGUCUGACAAGAGAGAUUAUAUUGCCACAGAUUGAGGAACAAAUUAAACUAGACAUGCAAACAGUGGAUGAGAAUAGUAAAAUUGAAAACUUCGUAGAAGAGUCACAAAUGUCUCCUCCCAGACAUACUGGAAAUGGAUCAUCAAAUCAACUGAAUGAUGCAGCUGAUGAAUUCUUUGAUGUUCUUACUGAAUCAGAGUAUGAUCAAACAGAAAACUAUUGUCCUUCUGAUGAAGGCAUGCAAUCCCAGUUAAUUCAGGACCAAUGCCAAGACAAGUUACCUACAACUGCAGUUUUCAUAAAGAAGUUGCAUGAUAUCACAGUUACUUGUUAUUUCUAUGCUGAAUUAGAAGAUGAAUCUAUUGGAGAUAGCAUGCCAUGUAGCUAUGGGACCACUCUUCCAAAAGAUCCAAGUUGUAGAAUGGCUUGUAGUUGGGCAAUGGCAGAUCCUUCUACAUUCGCAAUUCGUGGUGAAUCUUACUUGCACGACCAUCAAAAGGUAAAAGCCAAUACUACCUUGAUGCAGAUGGUAGCUGCUGAUUGGCUGAAAUCAGACAAGCGUGAAGAUAAUCUUGGUAAUCGAACCGGGGGGAUUGUUCAGAAAUAUGCAGCACAAGGUGGCAGCGAGUUUUUCUUUGUUGUGCACAUGCAGGUCCCAGGUUUGACCACAUACAGUCUAGCUUUAUAUUAUAUGAUGGACACUCCAUUGGAAAAUGUUCCCUUUCUUAAAAAUUUUGUGAGAGGAGAUGAUUCAUAUAGGAACUCAAGGUUUAAACUAAUCCCAUGUAUAUCAAAGGGUUCAUGGUUAGUGAAGCAAAGUGUCGGUAAGAAAGCAUGUCUAAUCGGUCAAGCGCUUGAAAUCAAUUAUUUUCACGGGAGCAACUACAUUGAGCUCGCGAUCGAUGUUGGUUCAUCAUCAAUCGCCAAGGGUGUUGUCAGUCUCGUUGUUGGUUACUUGAAUAGUUUGGUGAUCGAAAUGGCAUUCCUGAUUCAGGGUGAUACACAAGAAGAGCUUCCAGAGGUCCUUCUUGGAACUUGCCGGUUGAACCAUCUUGAUAUCUCCCAAGCUGUUCAGAUUAGUUCAUGGUGAUAUUAAGAUGAACUUGUUGCCUAAUUUUGAUUUUUUAUGAGAUUUUAUUCCAUCAAAAACUUGGCUAGGUAUGUUUAUUCUCAUCGUUUUGUUGAUUGGCAGAUCAAUUUCAUUGGAUGAUUCUUCCUAACGGUGUCAAAUCAAUGUAUAAUUUCCUUUAGAAUCGUGGGGGGGAAAGACAAUGUUGAAUACGGAACCCAAGGAUUUUUGAUGUUCUAACUUCACUGAAAAGCAAAUGAUGAAAAAAGCUUAAUGUUCUCGAGCAAGCAGGAGAACUACAUUAAUCCUGUGCUUGUGAAGAAACGUGAUGUUCUGCAGCUGCUGGCCACAACUUGUCUAUCUGACAAUGUUCUCCAUCCUCAUCUCCGCAAGGUCUGUUGUGUGUUUACACCAAGACCCAGUUGUGAACUUGGAGCAUGUGAUUAGUCUGUCAUACAAUGCAUGCUUGAUCUCUUCCUGCUAUGUUUGACAUCAUCAGGAAGUCAUUCACAUAUAUGAAUCUCUAUCUUCAAUAGCUGUUCAACUGUGCCUCUGGUUGUUGGCACACAUCUGCCAGCCAUUUUG